AUGAGAAGGCUAAAGCUUUCACUAAUACAAUGGAAACUGAACGGAGAAAGGGUCCGUGGUGCGCAGCUGUCCCGCGGGCGCCCGUUGUCGGGCGCUCCGCCCUCGCUGACCCCGCGCCUCCGCUCCGCACUCCGCGAUCAGCGAGAGAAGUGCUCACAUUCACAUUACAAGUUGACUCCCCCAGUGACGGCAUUUGAGAGUCCAGUGUACAGUCGCGCCAGUCGGCCGUCACUCGUCGAGCGCAGCGUACGUCUGUCACGUCACAGCGCGCGACUUACCAGCCAUGUGGUGAAGUGA